ACGUGUGUAGAGGAGAUGUGAGAAACUGAAACUAGGGGCUCAGGAAUUGGGCAGUGCUAAAAUUAAACUGAGACAGACACUUCUGCAGUGUGAGAAGUGUUUUACUUUUUCUGAUAGACUGCAGGGCUUGCGGACUUUUAAACCAGGUUUAGCACAACUUUUUUGGAUUGGUGGUUUUGAAACAGGCCAAAGCAAAACAUGUUUCUCAUUGUUAUAAUGUACCUGAUUUCAGGUCAAGUUGGCUGUGACGAAGGUGGUAAAGUCAAAGGAUAUGAAGGAGGAAGUGUCAUUAUCAUGUAUAAAUACCGUUCUCAAGAGCUCAGUAAUCACACAAAAUACAUUUGUAAGGUCAACAAUGGGACUUGUGAAAACAUCCUUUCCCAAACAGAGGAAAAAUUGAAUCUUAAAGAAAAAUAUUUUGGCAUAGAUGACAAUCGAGCUGGAGUUUAUAGCUUGCUCAUUAGAAAUUUAAGCCAGGAGGAUGGAGGAAGUUACAUAUGUGGAGUGAAAAAUCCAAAAGAAAAGACGUUAAAAGUGGAGCUGGAUGUGGAAAAGGUGACAGGACUGAAUUACGAAAAGUCUCUUUCACUCACGACUCAUCCUGGAGACAACAUAACCUUCAGCUGUACGUAUCCCCAAAGGCAUGAAAAGGACCUAACAUGUAUGUACAGAGUGACCAAUCAGAGCAUAGACGCCAUCAUAUUCACUUAUACAGAACAUUUAGAGAAAGACAGGUACGGGCUUCACGUCUCCUCAAAGGAUAAAGUCAUCAAUAUGAGCAUCAGCGAUGUGACAGUGGAUGAUGGGGGACUUUAUCUGUGUGGAGUUUCAAAUGAUAAGCUUUCCUAUGUGUCUAUAUACAGUGAAAUGCAACUAUAUGUUACAGGACAUCCAACAAAUGCGAGCAUACAAUCUUUAGGUCCUUCAGUCGUAACCAUCACUCUGUACGUCGGUGUGGCUCUGCUGCUGAUCGUAGGUUCCGUGCUGAUCUCCUACAAAAUGUGGGACAUUAAGACAAAAGGUGACUCCUCACCAGCUGACAGAGGAAACCCAGUGAACACAGAGAAACCCCAGACUCUUAUGGCUCUCAGUCCAGCUGGUAAAAGUGACACUUCAUCUCCAGACACUGAUGAUCAAAAUUUCUACUCAGUGCUCACAAUUUAAAUAUUGUGUAUUUAACCCCUCUGAUUUACCCCUACCCCUUUAAUUUACUCACUAACCCCUCUGAUUUACCUGUACCCUGUUAAUUUACCCAUCAUCCCCUCUGAUUUACCCCUACCCCUUUAAUGUACCCACUAAUUGUGCAGGGAAACAUGCUUUCUGUCUGUGCAUAUGACAAACAUUUUGAAUCUUUGAAACUAACCCCUCUGAUUUACUCACUAAGCCCUUAAAUUUUACCACUGAUUUAUUGCAUAUGCUCUGAUUUGUCAAAGUCUGAUGGUUCCUAACAUGCACUUUAUCCACAAACCAAUAACAUCACAUGAAUUAUCAUGAUAACUGAAUCACAAUGUUAUGACAUUUCCUAAUAAAUUUCUGAAUGUGUAGAGAAGUGGGUGAAAAGAUACAAGUCUGUUCUGCUUUCUGUAACUUUUAUGUUCACUAUCAGAACAGUGAGAUAAAUAAUAAUGAACGCUACAAGAUAUAAAUCUGUCAUUUAAAUGAAUUAACACAUCAGACAGAGCUUUAUGUUUUGUAAAAAGAUGAUUGAUUUUCAGUCAGUUUCUUUGCAGCUGGUGAAGUCUGAUUAAAUGCAGGUUAUGUGCUGUUUCACUUUGACUUACAGUCUAUCACCCACAUGACUUCCUGCAGCUUGUGUAAAAUGCGGAAGCAACAAUAUAAGCAUGUAAUAAAAACAGGAUCUUAUUAGUAAUGUUGUAGCAUUAUUUCACUUAUCUGCUUUUCAUCUGCUUUUUUUUUUUUUUAAAUAUUUUUAACAAUUUUAUAAAACAAAAUUGUCCGUAGUGUGUGAGUGAAUGAGAGAGUGUGUGUGCCCUGUGAUGGGUUGGCACUCCGUCCAGGGUGUAUCCUGCCUCGAUGCCCGAUUACGCCUGCCGAGUAGUUCGGAUAAGCGGUAGAAAAUGAAUGAAUUUUAUAAAACACCUUCAGACACAGAGGUUUCUGUUAUACAGUAUGUGUUAUUAUCUAAUUCUUUAGCCUUUUACCUUUUUAGGCUCUAUCUAUCAGUGGGGAACAAAAAUAACCCCUAAAAUCAUUUUAGCAUUGAAGUUGUUUAGCAUUAUUUUCAUUAACUUUGCUGGUACAUAUUUAUUAUUUUCAUUUUUCUGCAAGUUUUACAUUAAUUAAUCAGACAUGACCCAUUUUCAGUUUCCUGAGAGUUUCCUGCAGCUUCUCUGUAGGUGAGUCAGGAAGAUUCAUUGCCCCUUGGUUUGGGUGUGUGUAUGUGGUGAACUGUGAGGGACUGCAGACACAUUCAGUGUUUUCUCAUCUGACAUUAGUGUUCAUGGGACAGCCAUCAGACCCACUGUGACCCUGAUCAGGAUAAAGCACUAAAUUAAAGGGACUGAGUGAAAAUGUUCAGAGUCCUAUUUAAUUUUGCUAUUUGCCUUUAUUACUAUGUCCACUGUUUGAUUAUUUUUUUCUUUGUUUUAUUUCAUAUUAUAAUCAACUGUAUUUAAAUAAAAAUAUGUCAGAAAGUGCUAUAUA